AUGGCAAGAAAAUUGAUAACAUUGCAAAUGCAAAAAAAAAAAUUAAAGAAAAAUUUCACGAUCUGUUUAGCCUCCAUCAUCUCUAAACUACUGUCUCAAAAUCCAACCAUGUUUAGAAGAGAAAUAGUACUAAGGAGUAAUCUUCGAUUUGUGGGAAAUGGUAUAAGGUAUAAAAGUACUAUAUAUCCUUCUCCUAAAGAAAAUAACUAUAGUGAUUAUGAUUUUUUAAAAGAGGAAACAAGAUCACGUAAAGAUAUAAUUAAAGAUCAUCUUUCAGAAGAACAACUAGAUUCAUAUGAUCAAAAAGAAGGAAUAUUAUCUCAAAUGGAAAUUUCAAAAUUUAGAAAUAGUGAUGGGUCAUUCAUCAAAGGAACUACCUCAUGGGAAGCAAGAUUAGAUGAUCGUACAUUACUUGGAAAACUGGAUCAUUCAAUAUCUUUCUUGCCUAAUAGAUUGGCUAAAGUAAUACAAAAUAAUAUUAUCAAAUUAUCCAUUCCAGCAAGAUUAAAAAGUAGAGUUGUUGGUAUAUAUCAAAAUUUAAAUAAGAAUCAAAUUCAGCAACCUCCUUCUAAUCCAUUGGAUUGUAAUGCUCAUAUUGCCGCAUUAUUCUUACAAGAUUAUAGUCAUGCAAGACAAGUUUUAAUGGAAUUACAAAAGAGAGUUGGUAAAGAUAAAUUCAAUCCACAAAGAGUACUAGAUAUUGGAUAUGGUCCCGCAACAGGUAUGGUUGCUUUAAAUGAAAUCAUGGGUAGGAACUGGGUUCCAAAGGAGAAAGAUGCUUAUAUUGUUGGUAGAAAAAAUAAUGAAAUGAAGAAAAGAGCCAAGAUUCUAUUAUCAAGACAAUAUAAUGAAAACUUUACUGGAGAAGAAGUGUUACCGGAAGUUGAACAAAAUCUUAAUGAAGAUGAACUAGUAGAGGAAGUAGAACAAGAAGAAGAGAUGGAAGAAGAUGAGGAGUCAUCUGCGGAGACUGAUUAUGUUGGACCGAUAGAUGUUAGAAGGUUAAAUGUCAGAACCAAGUUAAGAGAUACUUUACCAGUCACUAAGCAAUAUGAUUUGAUUAUAGUUUGUUCCUCAUUAUUAUCAAAAGAAUUCAAUUUCCCUAAAGAUGUUGAUGAAAAUAUUCAUAUGGUUUUGAAACUUUUGGCUCCAGGUGGACACAUUGUUUUAAUUGAACGUGGUAAUGCUGUUGGGUUUGAAACUAUUGCAAGAGCAAGACAACUUAUGAUUAGACCAGAAGCCUACAAGCAUGAAUUAGGUAAAAUCCCAAGACCAUAUGUUAAAGGUUCUACUGGUAAACCACAAAAGUUAAAGAAAGAAACCCAAUUUGUCACCAAUGAUGACAUUGAAUUUGAAGAAGAAAUGUUGGCCAAACUAGACUUGGAAGAAGAAAUGGAAAAGGCACGUGAAUUAGGAGAAGAAUUUGAGAAAGAAUUAAAUGAGAAAUUUGGUGAUGUUUCUGAGGAAGAGUUGAAGUUUGAAGAUGAACAAGAUAUGGAAGUAUUUGAAGUUGGUACACCUAUUGAAAAAAUGGUUGAUAAAGUCGACUAUCAUUUGAGUAUCAUUGCUCCAUGUGCACAUCAUAGAAAAUGUCCAUUACAGUUGGGUGAUCCAAAGUUUUAUAAGAUUUCUAACCAUAAACACAGAAUGAAUUUCUGUUCUUUCCCAAAAGUUAUUAAACGUCCAGAUUAUACUAUGCAAUUGAAAAAGGGUAAAAAAUUAGCUGUUACUUGGGAUAAAUCUGCAGAAAAUGGAAUUGGUAAACUUUCCAAAGGAGAAGCAAAACUGUUGGCUGGUACUGGUAGACCUGGAGGUAAUGAUACUGAACGUGGAUCUUAUUCUUAUUUGAUUGCUGAAAGAAGUUUGAACGAUUCAAAAACUAUUGAUAAGAUUGAGCAAUUGAGAUCGUUUAGUGACAAUGUUAUUGAUGAAUCUGAUCCAACCAAUUGGCCAAGAAUUAUUCUGCCACCACAGAAAUUAAAGAAGAAUGUCAAAUUGACCGUUUGUUCAACUGAGGGUAAUAUUGAAACCUGGCAAGUGCCUAAAUCAUUAGGUAAACAAACCUAUCACGAUGCCAGAAAAGCACAAAUGGGUGACUUGUGGGCUCUUGGUAAGAAAGCAAGAACUAUCAAUAAGAGACUUUCUGAUGAAGUUAAAGAAAAGUUGGAAGUUUUGUAUAAAACUAACAAGAAAACAUUCUUGAAAGAACAACAAAGAAAACGUUGGAAGAAGAAACUUGGUACUAGUGUUGACCAAUUUGAUGAUGGAUUUUUGGCAACAGAAAUCAUGGCUUCUCAAUUAGAAGAAUCAAAGAAAUAUAAGAGACAAGCAAAGAAAGCUAGGUUUGAAGUUGACCCAAGUCAAUUUGAUGGUAAUUAA